AUGUUUCUUCGGAGACUUGCAGUAGCAUCUUCUCGCUCGAGAAGGUUUCUUAGCAGUAAUAGCAGCCAUGAUCUUGCAAGAACUAUUGCUGAGCUUAAUAAGGAAAUGGAAUCAGUGUUUGGUGAACCUCCAGCAAAUGGGCCUGCCAGUUCUCCGAGUAAUGAUUUUAUGCCUCAAGAACCCCAGUUAGCAACUCAAGAAAAAGGUGAAAGUGAACUUGGCCUAACCCACAUUGGCAAUAAAGGGGAAGCCCAAAUGGUGGAUGUUUCUCCCAAAGAAAGCAGUAAGAGAACUGCCAUUUCUAGUUGCAAGGUAAUUCUUGGAAAGCAGGUGUUUGAUUUGGUCUUAGCUAACCAGAUGGCCAAGGGUGAUGUCCUCAGUGUGGCAAAAAUUGCUGGAAUAAGUGGAGCAAAGCACACAAGUAGUCUCAUCCCACUAUGCCACAACAUACCGCUGACCCAUGUUCAUGUCGAUCUGACAUUAAAUCCCAAGGAUUUCAGUGUGGAUAUUGAGGCAGAAGCCAGUUCAACAGGGAAAACUGGGGUUGAGAUGGAAGCAAUGACAGCAGUGAGUGUUGCUGGCCUAACAGUCUAUGAUAUGUGCAAAGCUGCCUCAAAAUCUAUACAGAUCACCGAUAUACGACUCAAGAGUAAAACUGGUGGGAAGAGUGGGGACUGGUCCAGGAAGGAGUAA